AUGCGGGGUCUACCGAGAGGCAGGGGGCUGAUGCGGGCCCGGGGAAGGGGUCGUGCGGCCCCUCCGGGCAGCCGAGGCCGCGGAAGGGGGGGCGCCCACAGAGGAAGAGGUAGGCCCCGGAACCUACUCUCUCUACCCAGGGCCCAGGCGUCCUGGGCACCCCAACUUCCUACCGGGCUGACCAGUCCUCCUAUCCCUUGUGUCGCCUCCCAGGGUGGGGGGCCCGCUGAGAUGGGGGCUCUGGUGCUGGACAAGGAGCCCAGAGGAGCCAUCGAGAGAGUUCAUGGCUCUUUUGGGGACGCCCCUCGUAGCGAGGAGACCCUGCCCAAGGCCAAUCCCGACUCCCUGGAGCCUGCUGGCCCCUCAUCCCCAGCCUCUGUCACCGUCACUGUUGGCGAUGAGGGGGCCGACACCCCUGUAGGGGCCACACCACUCCUUGGGGAUGAACCUGAGAAUCUUGAGGGAGAUGGGGACCUCCAAGGGGGGCGCAUCCUUCUGGGCCAUGCCACAAAGUCAUUCCCCUCUUCCCCCAGCAAAGGGGGUGCCUGUCCCAGCCGCGCCAAGAUGUCAAUGACAGGGGCCGGGAAAUCACCACCAUCAGUCCAGAGUUUGGCUAUGAGGCUGCUGAGUAUGCCGGGUGCCCAGGGGGCGGCAGCAUCAGGGCCUGAACCCCCUCCAGCUACAACCAGCCCAGAGGGGCAGCCCAAGGUCCACCGAGCCAGGAAAACCAUGUCCAAACCGGGAAAUGGACAGCCCCCAGUCCCUGAGAAGCGGCCCCCUGAAGUGCAGCAUUUCCGCAUGAGUGAUGACGUGCACUCGCUGGGGAAGGUGACCUCAGAUGUGGCCAAAAGGAGGAAGCUGAACUCAGGAGGUGGCCUGUCAGAGGAGUUGGGUUCUGCCCGGGGUUCGGGAGAAAUGACCCUGGAGAAGGCAAAUCCUGGGCCCCUGGAGGAGUGGGAGACAGUGGUGGGGGAUGACUUCAGCCUCUACUACGACUCCUACUCUGUGGAUGAACGUGUGGACUCUGACAGCAAGUCUGAGGUUGAAGCGCUGGCGGAACAACUGAGCGAGGAGGAGGAGGACGACGACGACGACGAGGACGACGAGGAGUCGGGCAAUCAGUCGGACAGGGUGAGCGGGCGCGCCCGGGCAGGUGCGCUCCGGCAGGUGCGCCUGCACUCCCGACGGCGGCCGUGAGCUCGCGCUCUCACUCUCUCUGUCUCUGUGUCAGGAGUGAAUGGUGUGGGCUCCUCAGGCCCCAGUGAGUACAUGGAGGUCCCUCUGGGGUCCCUGGAGCUGCCCAGCGAGGGGACCCUCUCCCCCAACCACGCUGGGGUGUCCAACGACACGUCUUCUCUGGAGACAGAGCGCGGGUUUGAGGAGUUGCCCCUGUGCAGCUGCCGCAUGGAGGCACCCAAGAUUGAUCGCAUCAGCGAACGGGCAGGGCACAAGUGCAUGGCCACGGAGAGUGUGGACGGAGAGCUGUCGGGCUGCAAUGCUGCAAUCCUCAAGCGGGAGACCAUGAGGCCGUCCAGCCGCGUGGCCCUGAUGGUGCUCUGUGAGACCCACCGGGCCCGCAUGGUGAAGCACCACUGCUGUCCAGGCUGUGGUUACUUCUGUACAGCGGGCACCUUCCUAGAGUGCCACCCUGACUUCCGUGUGGCCCAUCGCUUCCACAAGGCCUGUGUAUCCCAGCUGAAUGGGAUGGUCUUCUGUCCCCACUGUGGGGAGGAUGCAUCCGAGGCCCAGGAGGUGACCAUCCCCCGGGGGGACGGAGUGACCCCACCAGCUGGCACUGCAACCCCUGCCCCGCCACCCCUGGCCCAGGAUGCCCCUGGGAGAGCGGAUACUUCCCAGCCCAGUGCCCGGAUGCGAGGGCAGGGGGAGCCCCGGCGGCCACCCUGCGACCCCGUGGCUGACACCAUCGACAGCUCCGGGCCCUCCCUGACUCUGCCCAGUGGAGGCUGCCUCUCAGCUGUGGGGCUGCCACCUGGGCCAGGCCGGGAGGCCCUGGAAAAGGCCCUGGUCAUCCAGGAGUCAGAGAGGCGGAAGAAACUCCGCUUCCACCCUCGGCAGUUGUACCUGUCAGUGAAGCAGGGGGAGCUGCAGAAGGUCAUUCUGAUGCUGUUGGACAACCUGGACCCCAACUUCCAGAGCGACCAGCAGAGCAAGCGCACACCCCUGCAUGCGGCCGCCCAGAAGGGCUCAGUGGAGAUCUGCCAUGUGCUGCUGCAGGCUGGAGCCAACAUCAAUGCUGUGGACAAGCAGCAGCGGACACCGCUGAUGGAGGCCGUGGUGAACAACCACCUGGAGGUGGCCCGCUACAUGGUGCAGCGCGGUGGCUGUGUCUAUAGCAAGGAGGAGGACGGCUCCACCUGCCUCCACCAUGCAGCCAAAAUUGGGAACUUGGAGAUGGUCAGCCUGCUGCUUAGCACAGGACAGGUGGACGUCAACGCCCAGGACAGUGGGGGGUGGACCCCCAUCAUCUGGGCCGCAGAGCACAAGCACAUCGAGGUGAUCCGCAUGCUGCUGACGCGAGGCGCCGAUGUCACCCUCACAGACAAUGAGGAGAACAUCUGCCUGCACUGGGCGUCCUUCACUGGCAGUGCGGCCAUCGCCGAGGUCCUCCUCAAUGCCCGCUGCGACCUCCACGCUGUCAACUACCACGGGGACACGCCCCUGCACAUCGCUGCCCGGGAGAGCUACCACGACUGCGUGCUGUUGUUCCUGUCACGCGGAGCAAACCCUGAGCUGCGCAACAAGGAGGGAGACACUGCGUGGGACCUGACUCCUGAACGCUCGGACGUGUGGUUUGCACUCCAGCUCAACCGCAAGCUUCGGCUUGGAGUGGGAAAUCGGGCUAUCCGCACUGAGAAGAUCAUCUGCCGGGACGUCGCUCGGGGCUAUGAGAACGUGCCUAUUCCCUGUGUCAAUGGCGUGGAUGGGGAGCCAUGCCCCGAGGAUUACAAGUACAUCUCAGAGAACUGUGAGACAUCCACCAUGAACAUUGACCGCAACAUCACACACCUGCAGCACUGCACAUGUGUGGACGACUGCUCCAGCUCCAACUGCCUGUGCGGCCAGCUCAGCAUCCGUUGCUGGUAUGACAAGGACGGGCGUCUGCUCCAGGAAUUUAACAAGAUCGAGCCCCCGCUCAUCUUCGAGUGUAACCAGGCCUGCUCUUGCUGGAGAAACUGCAAGAACCGGGUGGUACAGAGCGGCAUCAAGGUGCGACUGCAGCUCUACCGAACAGCCAAGAUGGGCUGGGGGGUCCGCGCCUUGCAGACCAUCCCCCAGGGAACCUUCAUCUGCGAGUAUGUCGGGGAGCUGAUCUCCGAUGCUGAGGCUGAUGUGAGAGAGGAUGAUUCUUAUCUCUUCGACUUAGACAACAAGGAUGGAGAGGUGUACUGCAUUGAUGCCCGUUACUAUGGCAACAUCAGCCGGUUCAUCAACCACCUCUGUGACCCCAACAUCAUCCCCGUUCGUGUCUUCAUGCUGCACCAAGACCUGCGAUUUCCACGCAUUGCCUUCUUCAGUUCCCGAGACAUCCGCACUGGGGAGGAGCUGGGGUUUGACUAUGGCGACCGCUUUUGGGACAUCAAAAGCAAAUAUUUCACCUGCCAGUGUGGCUCUGAGAAGUGUAAGCACUCUGCUGAAGCCAUCGCCCUAGAGCAGAGCCGCCUGGCCCGCCUGGACCCCCACCCCGAGCUGCUGCCUGAGCUCAGCUCCCUGCCCCCUGUCAACCCCUGAGUGGACCAUGCCCUCCCUCCCCACCCCUGGAUGCCACCAGCCCAGCAGCUGCCUCUGUCACUUGCUGCUCACACCCACACCCACACAGGGGGCACUGCCAUCUCUCCCACUAGCCCAUCACACAUUCCCGGCCAUACACCCCAGCCAGGCCCUGGAGGUCUGACAGCCCCUUUCCCAGGGCUGGUUCCUCCCUGGGGGAGUGACUUCCAGGCUGGCCGCCCCCCUGUUUCCCAUCCUCAGCUAAAGUUUGAUGAACUGAAAUGGGCCUCUAUGCCCACUGGUUUUCUUUGUUCUCAAUAAAGGUUGGGUUUGGUAA